AUGGAUGAUGAAGAGUUUGGAAACGAUGACGUCGGGGGUGAUGAUUUCGAUGAUGUGGAUGAUGAUGACAACAUUGAUGAUCUGAAUCAGGACGAAGAGGUGGACAAUAUUGAAAUUCUAACACCGGGACAAGCUGGUGGAGGAGUUGCCAAAUCCAAGAGAAUCACCACGAGAUACAUGACAAAGUACGAGAGAGCACGAGUUCUCGGUACCAGGGCCCUGCAGAUAGCCAUGUGCGCCCCAAUAAUGGUGCAAUGGGAGGGUGAAACAGACCCCCUGCAGAUUGCCAUGAAGGAACUGAAGCAACGCAAGAUACCUAUCAUCAUCCGACGAUACCUUCCGGAUCAUUCCUACGAGGACUGGAGCAUCGAUGAGCUAGUGAUUACGGACACAUAGGCGGAGGUAAAACUUUAUUUUAUGAAUUAA